AUGGAAGAGGAAAAUGUUUUAUCCUUUCAGUUCAUCACCAUCUUAUCGUUCGUUGCUGUCGCCAGUGCUGGUCUCCUGCCCUUACAGCAAGAAUAUCAUGCAGCUCCAGUUGUUCCCACCACCACUGUUGUGAAGACGGUUGCUCCAGUAGCUUAUGCCCAUGCCAAACCCGUUUUGGUAAAACAUGAAGCCCACUACGAUGAUCAUCCUCAAUACAACUACAACUACGAUGUAAAUGAUGAGCAUACCGGUGAUGUCCACAGCCAAACCGAAGAACGUGAUGGUGAUGUUGUUCGUGGUGAAUAUUCGUUGAUCGAUGCUGAUGGCUUCAGACGUGUCGUUCAAUACACCGUUGAUCCUCACAGUGGUUUCAAUGCCAUCGUCAACCGUUAUCCCUUGGACCAUGUCAAAACUGUUGUCAAACAAGUAGCUCCCAUUACUUUGGUCAAACAAUACCCACAACCACAAGCUUACCACCAACAUCAUUAAAGUGUCAUUGUUUUAAAAACAGAUGCACUCAUUAUUGUUUUUUAGUAUGUUAAAUAAAUUGUUAAAUUUUCAGAAAACUGUUA